UCUGUGGUCAGCUGACAGAGCCGCUGUGUCAUGUGACAGCCGCUUCCUUAUAGAAGCAGCUCAGUAUAUUUCACUACAGUCGGUCCGAGAGGAGUUUUAUGAGUGAGUGAGAGUGAUUUUGAUGAAGAAGCGGGGACUGUUUACAGGACAGAGCGGUGUGAGGAGAAGAGCAGAGAUUUAGGGUAGUUCAGAAGGCUUGAACGCAUCCUCAUUUAUCUUCCUUCCUGUUUCAGCUUGCCAUUACUGAGGGGCGCUCAAACAACUUCACAGGAAUGCAUCUGGCGGUGCUUGUUUUUGCGUCGGCGCUCUCUGCAGCCACCUUUGCCCUUGACAACGGGCUGAUGAGGACCCCUCCCAUGGGCUGGUUGGCAUGGGAACGGUUCCGCUGUGACAUUGACUGUGAACAUGACCCAAAGAAUUGCAUCAGUGAGAAUCUGUUCAUCGACAUGGCGGACAGACUCUCAGAGGAUGGCUGGAGGGAGCUUGGCUACGUCUAUGUGAACAUAGAUGACUGCUGGGCCUCCAUGGAGAGAGACAAGCAGGGACGGCUCCAACCUGACCCUAAGAGGUUCCCAGGAGGAAUCCUUAAGCUUUCACGCUACCUGCAUGACAGGGGUCUCAAGCUGGGCAUCUACGGAGACAUGGGCACACACACCUGUGGGGGCUACCCUGGCACCCCACUUGACAAGAUUAAGAUAGAUGCUCAGACCUUUGCCGACUGGGAGGUGGACAUGUUGAAAUUUGACGGCUGCUAUUCUAACGCCACAGAGCAAGAGCAGGGUUACCCUCUCAUGUCAAAGGCUUUAAAUGCUACGAACCGUCCCAUUGCCUACUCCUGCAGCUGGCCCGCCUACCAGGGUGGCCUGCCACCUCAGGUAAAUUACACUCAGUUGGGGGAGAUCUGCAACCUGUGGCGUAACUAUGGUGACAUCCAGGACUCUUGGGACAGUGUACUGAACAUUGUCGAUUGGUUCUUUGACAACCAAGAUGUCCUGAUGUCUGCAGCUGGACCUGGAAGAUGGAAUGACCCAGAUAUGCUGAUUAUUGGCGACUUUGGCCUCAGCAUGGACCAGUCUCGUUCUCAGAUGGCUCUGUGGGCAAUUAUGGCCGCUCCUCUUUUCAUGUCCAAUGACUUGCGCACCAUCAGCAGCGGGGCCCGCAGCAUCCUGCAAAACAAAAUGGCCAUCAGCAUCAACCAGGACCCCAUGGGCAUUCAAGGAAAACGCAUUGUAAAGGAGAAGAGCGGCAUUGACGUGUUGUGGCGCCCCCUGUCAAAGAAUUCCAGUGCCUUGGUGUUCUUCAGUCGUCGCACUGACAUGCCCUACCGCUACCACACUUCCCUCAGCAAACUGAACUACACCGCCGGCCACUACGAGGUCUUCGACGUCUUCACUGGCAAGACCAUGGUGCUGACGGACUCCACUGACUUCGUGGUGUCAGUGAACCCCACAGGUGUGGUCAUGUGGUACGUCUCUGCGCCCACCAAACUGGGCUUCCACCAGUUCUAUAAAGGUAGUAGGGUCCGGGGAUCUGCCUAUGAUGACCAUGAAAAUGCCAUCCCUCCCGUCUUCCUCUGACAAACUUCACACAUACACUGUCAAGUGUUCAAAGGACUUAUUGCCAAUGGGUAGUGCUGAAUGUGUUUGCCUUAAGUGAAUGGCACUAUCUGUUGCAAAAAAUGAAAUCAGUGUGAGCUCAGGGACAGACGUUUGCAUCUGGAUGUAUUGUAUGUCACUUGUCUGAAGUUUUUUCAUUCUCUGUGAUCCUUCUCUCAAAUUCUGCAAUGCAGUAUCAAUGUUGAUCAAUUGAAUGGCUCCAGAACAAUGCGCUUUUAAUACCACAGUGAGAAAAGCGAUGAUUUGGCACUCAUGUCAACUGUUUUUGUACUGAGCUGCUGAUUGGUUUUGCGAUCUCAGCUGUGAUUACCAAAGCUGAAAGACCUUUCUUAUGAAAGACCUUUUCUUAUUCAAGCAUGCAUUCCCUUUGAAAAAGAAGCAGGAUAAUCUGUUCCAGAAAAGGUGCAAACUAAGAGGGAUGACAAAGGCCACUGCCAUGCCAGUUUUUCUGAAUGAGGUUUACAUUUUGGAUUUGUUGUAUUUGAAGGCUAAUUGUUUUAUUAUUUUGUUUUAGGUUUUUAUAAGAAAUUAUUUUGUGAAUUAUGUGUUAUUUCUCACUAAAUAAAACAACACAUUUCUCAUUUCAAUCA